GAACCUAUAGCAUAUAUAAAAAUAUUAGUUAUUGAUAGAGUAGGUGGUGUGAGAAUCCAGAAAUGAACAAGUCAAUACUCUUACUCCUAUUAUUUUUCCUCCUCAACCCAUCCCUUCUCGCCACGUCACACCCUCUUAACCCAAUCCCAGUCACGCUCUCCGUCGCCGAUUUCGGCGCCGCCGGCGACGGCCUCCGCUACGACACGGAGGCAAUCCAGUCGGCCAUCAACUCGUGCCCAGAGGGGGAUCCCUGCCAUGUUACCUUCCCAGCGCCGGGAAAGUACCUGACGGCCACCGUGUUCCUGAAAUCCGGCGUGGUGCUGAACGUGGAGUCCGGGGCCACCAUCCUUGGCGGCACGAGGCUGGAGGACUACCCCGAGGAGUCGUGGCGGUGGUACGUGGUUGUUGCGGAGAACGCGACGGACGUGGGAAUCCGCGGCGGCGGAGCGGUGGACGGGCAAGCUGCGAAGUUCGUGGUGAGGGAAGAUCCGAGGAAGAACGUUAUGGUUAGUUGGAAUCAAACAGGGGCUUGCUUGGGAGACGAAUGCAGACCCAGGCUCAUCGGUUUUCUCGAUUGCAACAACGUUCAAGUCUCUAACAUUACUCUCAACCAACCUGCUUAUUGGUGCUUGCACUUGGUGCGGAGUAACAACAUAUGCAUUCAAGAUAUUGCAAUUUAUGGGGACUUUAAUAUACCGAACAAUGAUGGGAUUGAUAUUGAGGACUCAAAUAACACAGUAAUCACUCGAUGCCACAUUGAUACAGGGGAUGAUGCAAUCUGUCCAAAGUCAUCCACAGGUCCUGUUUACAACCUUACAGUCACUGACUGUUGGAUUCGAUCCAAAUCUUCCGCAAUUAAACUUGGCAGUGCUAGUUGGUUUGAUUUCAAGCAUUUUGUGUUUGAUAAUAUUGCUAUUGUUGAUUCUCAUAGAGGGAUUGGAUUCCAGAUCCGUGAUGGAGGAAAUGUAAGUGACAUUGUAUUCUCAAACAUGAAUAUCAGCACAAGAUACUAUGAUUCAUUAUGGUGGGGGAGAGCAGAGCCUAUCUAUGUCACUAGUUGCCCACGAGACUCAAGCUCAAAGGAGGCUUCAAUCUCAAAUGUACUUUUCAUUAACAUUACUGCAAAUUCGGAAAAUGGCAUCUUCCUGUCUGGUUCAAAGAGAGGAUUGUUAAGAAAUUUGAGAUUCAUUGAUAUGGACAUUACUUACAGAAGGUUCACCAAUUAUGCUGGUGGGUUAUUGGACUAUAGGCCAGGAUGCCAAGAGUUGGUAAAACACAGGACUGCAGGGAUUAUGAUGGAGCACAUUGAAGGGCUUGAGGUUAAAAAUGUUGAAAUGAGAUGGUCAAACGAUCAACUAGAGCAGUGGAAUAAUCCUCUAGAGUUCAGGCCAUCUACUGUGAAUAACAUCUCUUUCCUUAAUUUUAAUUCUGGUUUGUAUACAAAUAGCAAAUCAAAUUAUUAACUUUGAAUCUGCAAAGGGAGAAUGUCCAAAUCAUUGGCUGCAUGUCAACCAUCAAGGGAACGGGGAAAAAGUUCAAAAGAAAGGGAGGAGCAUUUGCUCUGUGCAUUAUAAAAAAAAAAGAGAGAUCAACUGUUAAACCUUGAUCUAGUGCUUCGCUUUCUGCAUAUGAAAUAUGAAUGACAUUGAUUUGUAAAAUUGAUACAGUUUCAGUGAAAUUUGGAUUGAUUUAAUCGAGUAUUGGAGGUACAUGCUUUAAUA